CACAUAACAUUCACUCAUAACUCAUAACAACAAUUUCUACACAAACUCUAAAAAAAUUUGGUUUUUCACUUGCUUAAGAAUCAACAUUAUGGGAGCCAACUUUUCCAAUUUAGAAUCUGUUGUCGAGAAAUCAUCACAGCCAUCGCUCAUCCUUACCUUCCACUCAACUGCUAAAUGGAAGGCUCACUUUGAGGCUUCCAAAGUAACAAACAAGCUGAUGGUCAUUGAUUUCACGGCUACUUGGUGUGGACCUUGCAAAUACAUGGACCCAAUUAUCAAAGAAUUAGCUGCAAAAUACAAAGAUGUUGAGUUCAUUAAGAUUGACGUGGAUGAGUUAAUGGACGUGGCAAGUGCAUUUCAGGUGCAAGCAAUGCCAACAUUUAUACUAUUGAAGAAAGGAAAAGUAGUUGAAAAAGUGGUGGGAGCAAAAAAGGAGCAAUUACAGAAGCUGAUUGAGAAACGUAGGGUUUGAGUGUGUGCUGAUCCACUUGAAAUAUAUUUUAAUAAAGUCUGGAUAUAACUUCAAGAGAUACCAAGUACGAUGGUAUAGAGAAAAUAAGAGCAAUACCAAGUACUAAUUAAGUUGGUGUUUCAGUUUGUCAUGAGUAUGAUUAUGUUAUAUAAUAUGCAUCAGUUUGUCAUUAGUGUUGACUAAUAUCCAUGCAUGCUCCUUCA